AUGAAUUUUUUUAUAUAAAUUCAUAGAGAAGAUGUUUUUAAAUAGAAAAGAAUAAUUAAUAAGGAUUCAGAAUUUAAAAAUAGGCCCAAUAACUAAGUCUAAACUUUUACACAAUAAAUAUAAGCCAAUUUUUCAAAAAUACCAUAAUUAUCCCAAUUCAAGUAUUAAAAUCAAAACGAUAAGAAAAAUUAGUUAAGUUUUAGAAAAAUAAUGGAGAUCCAGUGA